AUGUACAUCAGUCCAUCCAUUCAAAAUGAAUUAAUAGAGAUUUGUGGUAGCAUUAUCCAAGAGACAAUUGUUGAUAGAAUCAAUAAAGCAAGCUGUUUUGCUAUUCUUGCAGACGAAACUAUGGACAUAACUCAAACUGAGCAGUUGACAUUUUGUGCAAGGUACAUCGAUGUGAGAGAUUUCAUUGACAUCGAAAACCUCAUGGGAGAAAUGGAAGUAUGGGCAUCAAAGUGGAACAUGCGUGAAUCCCUUAGUAGACCAGAUACGGCACUUUCAGCAAUGGAAGAAUGUGACAAUACCAAAGGUAAAUCUAUUUUUGAUACUGCCAAAGAUUAUUUUACAGAGAAAAACAUUCCUCCAGCAAAUAUUAUGUCGAUUGCCACUGAUGGAGCUAAUGCAAUGGGUCGACAUCGUGUGUUUAUAGCCCUUUUGAAAAGGGAAAUACCAGAUAUUUUAGCUGUUUACUGCGUGCUUCACAGACAGCAUUUAGAAGGAAAAAAUCUCAGCGACCGUUUGCAUCAGUCAUUGCAAUGUGUCAUAUCUGCUGUGAACAAAAUUCACAGUAAUGUUCUCAACGAUUGA